AUGGAAGACUUCAUCCGCCGUUGGCCCAUGACGCCGCUACAGAAGGGGAUUUUGACUGCUGUCCUUGAGCUUGGGGCUCUGUUUGGUGCCCUUUCAGCGGGCUUACUUGCCGACAGGUACUCGUGCAGACAUUCAAUUAUAGCUGCUUGUCGUGCGUUUUCAUGUUCAUUGCCUAAUAAUCACACUCCACAUCCAUAUUCUGGGUGUCCGCCUGCUCACUCGUUACGUCUCACCAUUUCUUAUGGUCUGCGCCCCCGUCUCCUUUUAUCCCCUUCCCUUUCCCGGUUCCGUACUUCAAGUUCGCACUGCGCACAUUCUUGUGCUCUGGAACCGAUGUCCUUCUCGCGGUCGUCGAGUUCUUCGUCGUGUGGGUGUGAUUGA